GGCCGCGGCGAGCCACUGCUUGCCCCCGCUCCGGGCCGCCCUCCGAAUGGUCGUGGAGAGCCUCAGGACGGCAGCCUACCGAACAGACGCCGCGAACGCCGCGCAGCCGGAAUGACGGCCGAGAAACAGCCGGCCGCCCCGUAGACUCCUACGCUGGCACGCCAUGGCGAGGACGGGGGCGGGGACGCCACUGCUGAGCGCGGUCCGGCAGACCAUCAGCGAGUUCUCCGAGAACACCUCCAUCCACGGCGUGCGGUACAUCGCCGAGCACGGACGCCGCUGGGUCGAGAGGUUCUUGUGGAUCGUGACGGAGCUGGUGUGCAUCACGGGGGCCGUGUACAUGCUGCUGUACCUGCUCACCAAGUUCCAGGGCAACCCCACCAUGACGCGCGUCGAGUCCAACUUCCACGAGGUGGCCGACGUGCCCUUCCCCGCCAUCACACUGUGCAACGUCAACCGCAUCUUCCGGUCGAGGGCGCGCCGCCUGGUGGACUCGCUGAGGGUCCCGGAGACGCUGUCGGUGUCGCGCCAGGACAUGAUGGGACUGCUGCCGCUGCUGGGGCAGCUGCUGUCCUCGGCGGAGAUGGGCACCAACAUCGCGGGGCGCGCGCGCCUGGACGUCAUCCUCAAGCACAACAACCUGACGCCCGAGGCCGUGCUCGAGGAGGUGGGGCAGCCGUGCUCCGAGAUGCUGGAGCGCUGCAGCUGGGAGGGCCGCGAGGUCAACUGCUCCACCAUCUUCUCCAGGACCAUGAGCUUCAUGGGCUUCUGCUGCGCCUUCAACUCGGACGUCGACUUUUCGCGGGCCGUGCAGCCCACGGCGGCCAAGCCCACGAUCCUCAAGACCCCCUUCUUCGGCUACCCGCUGGGGCUGACCGUGCUGCUCAAGCCGCAGACCGAGGACUACUACUGGGGGCCAUUCGUCUCCGGCGGCAUCGUGUGCGCGGUGCACGACAAGAACGAGGUGGCGACGGAGCGCACCCCGCAGGCCAUGGUGCCCAUGGAAAAGGAGUCCAUGGUGCAGGUGCUGCCGUCCAUCCGCAACGCGUCCCCCUCGCUGCGCGACGUGAACCCGCAGCGGCGCCGCUGCCUCUUCGAGGACGAGAACCCCGACGGACCGGACGAGUACAGCUACGACACGUGCGCCAUGGAGUGCGACGCCAGCAAGAUCUUCAAGGUCUGCAAGUGCCGGCCGCUCAACUUCCCGCGCAUCCUGGGACUGAGAGGAACACUCUGUGGCCUUGACAAGCUGCCAUGCCUAGCCAAAUUCCACGAGGAAGAACACGACACCAUGGUGAAGGGUCAAAUCAGAGGGGAAGCACUUCCGUCCAAUCCAGGCGAAGCGGACAAGCUGUCAGAGGCGAUGUCCACGUCGUGCGGCUGCCUGGCGCAGUGCAACUCCGUCAACUACGAGCUGGAGACGACGACGGCCAACUUCAGGGCGCCGCAGCAGGUCCACCGCGACUUCUACCAAGACCUGAACGCCACGGGGCGCUGCCUGCUGCACGUGUACUUCGACAGCCAGACCGCCGUCCUGUACGUCAACGACCUGGUCAGCAACACGGUGCAGCUCAUGUCGUCGUUCGGCGGCAUCUUCAGCCUGUUCCUGGGCUGCAGCUUCAUGAGCGCCGUGGAGGUGCUGUACUUCUUCACCGUGAGGCUGUGGCUGCUGAUGCGCGGCGCGGGCGGCGCGGGCGGCGCUGCCUCGGUGCCCGCCCUGACGCGGGCCGUCGACGAGUCGCCCCCCUACGUGUAA